AUGCCAGGAGCAGAACAGAAGUCUGUUCACACCCCUCCUCUUCUUAGUAACAUUAUUGCUCAUAGGAAUAAAUCCAAACUGAUGAUAUCAGCAACAUUCAUUGAUCUGACCAAGGCCAUUGAUGUGAUUAGCGGGCAGCUCUCCCCUCGGCUCUUCCGUAAGCUCCCACCUCGUGUCUGUGUAUCCUUGAAGAGCAUUGUGGAUGAGGACUUCCUUUGUGCAGGGCACAUCUUCCUGGGCUUUUCCAAGUGUGGCCGAUAUGUACUCUCCUAUACUAGCAACAGUGGCGAUGAUGACUUCUCCUUCUACAUCUACCACCUGUAUUGGUGGGAAUUCAACGUCCACAGCAAGCUAAAGCUGGUGAGGCAGGUGCGGCUCUUCCAGGAUGAAGAGAUUUAUAGUGACCUGUAUCUAACUGUGUGCGAGUGGCCCAGCGACUCUUCCAAAGUCAUCGUCUUUGGCUUCAACACCCGAUCAGCCAAUGGGCUCCUUAUGAACAUGAUGAUGAUGAGUGAUGAGAACCACCGGGACAUCUACAUUAGCACUGUAGCUAUGCCACCCCGAGACCGCUGCCCUAGCUGCCAAGAUGCCAGCCUUGCCCACCCUGGAGACCCUAGUGCCCAUUGCCUGAGACACGGGUUCAUGCUGCACACCAAGUACCAGGUGGUCUAUCCCUUCCCCACCUUCCAGCCAGCCUUCCAGCUCAAAAAGGACCAGGUGGUGUUGCUCAACACCAGUUACUCCCUGGUGGCCUGUGCAGUCUCUGUCUGCUCAGCAGGUGACAGCAGUUUCUGCCAAAUCCUCUAUGAUCGAACCACUCAUCCACCAGCCCCACCUGACCCUCCUGGGCCCCCGAGUCGAGAGGAUCCCCCAGUGUCCAGAGGACCUUGCCCAGAGGCCACCCCCGCUCGCCCUCCAGAGCCCUCGCCAGCUGUUGCCAAAGCCAAGGAAUUUGUGGCUGACAUUUUCCGGAGGGCCAAGGAGGCAAAGGGUGGUGUUGUGGAAGAGGCCCGACAGCCCCCCUGCCUGGGGGCCUCGGGCAGCCGCUGUCGCCAGCCCUGUGAGGCCCCACCCCUGGAUGGGGACUUGGGACCCCGGGACAGUCCUCCUGACACAGUGCCCCCCGUUGUGGAGCCGGGUUAUGUCAACUACACCAAGCUCCAUUAUGUGCUGGAGCCUGGGGACUGGGUUGAACCAGAGGAUGGGUUUGAGGAUGACAAGAUCUCCCUUCCAUUCGUGGUGACCGAUCUCCGUGGCAGGAAUCUUCGGCCUAUGAGAGAGCGGGCAGUUUUCCAGGGUCAAUACCUGACGGUGGAGCAGCUCACGCUGGACUUUGAGUAUGUCAUUAAUGAAGUCAUCCGAAAUGAUGCCACUUGGAGUCACCAAUUCUGCUCGUUCAGUGACUACGACAUCGUCAUUUUGGAGGUCUGUCCUGAAACCAACCAGGUCCUCAUCAACAUUGGCCUGCUGCUCCUGGCCUUCCCUUCCCCCAAUGAGGAGGCCCAGCUCCGACCAAAGACCUAUCAUACCAGCUUGAAGGUGGCUUGGGACCUGAAUACAGGCAUCUUUGUCACAGUCAGCGUGGGGGAUCUUACUGAGGUCAAAGGGCAGACCAGUGGCAGCGUUUGGAGCUCCUAUCGCAAGAGCUGUGUGGACAUGGUGAUGAAGUGGCUUGUGCCUGAGAACAGUGGCCGAUAUGUCAACAGGAUGACCAAUGAGGCACUGCACAAAGGCUGCUCCCUGAAGGUCCUGGCUGACAACGAGCGGUACACAUGGAUUGUGCUGUGAGGAGCCCGGGGGCUAUGGCACCCACUGCUCUGGACACUGACUCGAUACUACCUCCUCGUUUUGGGUUGGAUUUUGUUGUUACUUGGGGGCUUUUGGUUUCUCCCAUCCUGUCCCCUAGUGUUAGGCUGGGAGAUGGGGGGUGGGGGAGGGAAGGCUCGGGUCCUGAAGGCCUUCCCCCUGCCCCCUUGGAAGGUGGGGUUGGUUGAGGGGAGGUUAGGCCCCCAGGAGCCCUGGAGCCCAGAUCCCUUUUAUUUAUGCCUAUUUAAGCGGGGGCAGGGGAGGGACCCCUGGGGAUUAAGUAGCCAGGGCUACCUAGGCUGCUGAGUUCCUUGGCAAGAAGAGCCCUGUCAGCCCUGGACACAGGGAAGAGGGCCAAGAGAAGCUUCAAGAGACUCGGCUUCUCCCCACCCCCACCUCCCUUCCAAGCUGGGGCCUUUGGUUUCAUGUAUAUUCUAAAAGUUUUCUUGGCUGCCAGUUGUGGAUGCCAGUUCCUUGAGGAGGUUGUGUUAACCGACCCCUCUCCCUGCCCGUCCCCCCCCCCCCCAUUCAUGUAAUAAAUGUUUUAAUUUCUGAGCCUGUGUGAACUCCCUUCAGGAUCAUACUGCCCUCCUCCCAGUUGGCUCUGCCUCUCAUUUUCACCCUAAAGUCAAGAAUAUCAUUUGGGCUCUGGGGCG